AUGGCCGCGUCUCGGUCCCAGCAGCUCGGCUUCGGGGCGGCUCCCGCGCUCCCCGCGCUUCCCGCGCUCUCCGCACUCCCGCCCGGCCCAGCCGUUGCCCCACCGCCGCCCCCGGGCCCCGGCCCCUUCGCCGGCUUCCUGAGCGGCGGCCCCGCGCCCCCAGCGCCCCCAGCGGGCGCGCCAGCCCCGUCGGCGUCGCAGCGCCGCAAGCGCACGUCGUUCAGCGCCGAGCAGCUGCAGCUGCUUGAACUCGUCUUCCGCCGGACCAUGUACCCAGACAUCCACCUGCGCGAGCGCCUAGCCGCGCUCACUCUGCUCCCCGAGUCUAGGAUCCAGGUGUGGUUCCAGAACCGGCGGGCCAAGUCCAGGCGGCAGAGUGGGAAAGCCUUUCAGCCCUCAGCCAGGCCUGAGCUUUUUCUCCACCCCGCCGUUCAGGGACCUGAAGCAAAAUGUCUGAAGCCCCAACUGCCUCUUGGAGUAGAUGUGACCUGCCUGCCCAGUCCCAGCAGGGUUGGGGAGGGCACCCCCCACCCGAGCUGCCAAGGUCAGCGCUUCCAAGCCUACUCUCCCCUCUCUGAAGACACUGGUUCCAAGCUGGACUCGUGGGAGGAACACAUCUUUUCUGCCUUUGGUGACUCCUGA